AUGAGCCCCAAGUUGUACGACGUUCUCAUUAUUGGCGGCGGCCCAGCCGGCCUAUCCAUGGCCAUAGCUUUGGCGAGACAGGCCUACUCUGCGUUGGUUCUAGAUUCUGGAGAGUACCGCAACGCAAGGGCAACACACAUGCACAACGUGCCUGGCUUUGAUCAUGUGAAUCCCGUCGAUUUCAGGACAAAAGUCUGCGAGGACCUGAGGAAGAGAUAUGAGCAUAUCGAGUUCAAGGCGGCCACGAUCAAGGAGGUGCGCAAGUUGGACAGCGGCAUCUUCGAGGCAAUUGACGACCAGGGAGACAAGUACACCGGAAAGAAACUCGGCUUGGGUACCGGAGUGAGGGAUGUGCCCCCCACAGAUAUCGAGGGCUACGAUGCCUGCUGGGCACGCGGCGUGUUUCACUGCUUGUUUUGCCACGGGUUCGAAGAACGUGGUGCCGAAUCAGUCGGGGUUUUGGCAUCGGGCAUGCUGACGGCCGCGGAGAUGAUUGCGCACGCAACACUCAUGGCUAAGCGCCUCGCCAAAAGCACCACGGUCUACACCAACGGGAAUCCUUCUCUACUGGAGCAAGUCAGAUCGAUGCUGCACAGCAGCAAGAUCACGUACGAGGACAGAAAAGUCGCAAGACUGGAACUGGAGAAUGGUUCGGGACCGGGUGUGAUUGUUCAUUUUGCAGACGGUACCAGCAAGAGGGAGGGCUUUAUUACAAACCAUCCCCUGGUUGAACAGCAGUCGCCGUUUGCGGCGCAGUUGGGGUUGGAAUGCGCGCCGACAGGGGAUAUUGUGGUUACGGCUCCGUUUAAUGAGACGAGUGUGGAGGGAUGCUUCGCCGCGGGAGAUGCGGCCACCAUGAUGAAGAGCGCUGUACAGGCUAUUCAGAUGGGUAUGUUUGCGGGUGUUGGAUUGGUGUCUCAGUUGCACCAUGAUUUGGACGAGAAGGAUGAGCUCUGA